GGCAAAUGGAAGCAUAGUCUGUCCAUUGGAGCGCCUUGUUUGAAGUCCGUGACCAAGGACUUCUUUAGGAAUCUAGGAUAGCUUGAUAUGAGCGAUAGAAGAAGUCGUAAUGCACCUCGUAGAAUGACCGACGACAGGGUAAGAGGAGUGGUGAAGUGGUUCAAUGUAAAAGCCGGGUAUGGCUUCAUUACACGGUCCGACACAUCGACUGACAUCUUUGUGCAUCAGACCGCGAUUUCGCGAAACAACCCGGGAAAGAUGCAACGUUCACUGCAAGAAAACGAGGAAGUUGAAUUUUUCGUUGUUGAAGGUGAUAAAGGGGUAGAGGCUUCAGAUGUUACGGGACCUGAUAGAAGACCGGUAAAGGGGAGUGUGUACGCUGCGAAUCGUCCAUUUGGUCGCAGUCCUAGGGAGUACGGAAUGCGGGGUGAUCGGGACGACUCGGACGGUUACAGAAGCAAUGGAUUUGCGCCCUAUCGUGCUAGAGGUCAGGGUCGCAAUGGAACAAGGGUGAGUACUGUUGUUGCUGAUGUAAUGCUCGAUUCUUCGGGAAGUUGGUGAAAUGUAUCGUAGAUUUAUCAGGUAGUAACGCCUUUGGGUGUAUCUCCGAGUCGGACUCACCACUAGUCCUUGGGUCCCCAAGGCUUAUGAGAUGAGUGUUCCGCCGUGGAGCAACGGCUUCCUAACCCGCAGCAGCACAUCCUCUGGCACUAGUAAUUUCACCUUGACUGCUGAGGGAUCCGCGGAAGAAACUGGCGUGUCUUCUUGGUCAGUAAAAUGGCAUCUGGUGCAAGGUUGCACGAAGCUAUAAAAUCAAUCUUUGGUUCCUGAGACAGGUGCAUAUCGAAAACUACGGUUCACAGUAUCGCCGAGUAAAUGUGGGUGAAACCCUCUGAACUGCGGCAGCGGUUUACCGCUGUGGCGUGACCUCUGAUUGACGAGGAGUUUGACUUGUCCAGUGGCCUGAGGGUUUGAUUCGAAAAUAUGCAAGGGAAUAGCGUUCACGGCUGUUUCGUUCUUGUUUGGGACUCAGCAGCUCCCACAACUGCUCUAGGAAUAUGUCUUAGUAAUGCUCUCAUUCGUUUGUUGAAGGUUCACACCCGCCUGUUGACGACCUAGGGGGAGAUGAAUGUUUCAUGUUCUGCUAGUGGGCUGGUAACUUAAGGUGGAAAGUUGUUCCUUACCCGUAUUACAAAACCGAUGAUGGAUGGAUAUCCGUUUGCUCCCUUCGUUUAGCCCCGCAAUUAGCUACGGCCCAGUGUGCGUCUUCAAAGAGUGGCGUAGAUUUAUCCCAGUAAUUAGUCACUGAAAAAAAUCCCAUCUGGACAGCAGGAUUUUAUGGGUGGUUAUUAACUAAAGUAUCAACUUGAGUUGGAGAAAUGUGAUAUCUCUGUGUUCACGGGACUGACUUUCAGAGGAACCAAUCAACAAACUACUGUUUGCUGGAGUACGAAAUAUUUCAGGGGCAACUGGAACUUGAUAGUUACGUCAAGAUUAUUGUGUUAUGCUCGACCUACAGUAAUAACGCAGUGGUAUCUGUCAUCACUGAUGAACUGAAUCUUCGUAUGCCAACUGUAGUAAAGCAGGUGAAACGCUCACUUUUUUCUAACAUGCUCCCGUUGGUUGUGCGUGCGCCAGUGACUUUGGUAAGGUAAACAGGAAACAGUACAUUGUAGAAUUGUUUCAGUCUCUUUAAUUUCCAUACGAUUAUCGUCAACUCGAACGGUUCUGUUGCAAUUUCACUACGGUCAAGUUUCAAAGACUGUCAACAUACGUUAAGAAACGAUUUCCUACAUUUGGGCAUCAAAUGCAUUUCCACAAUAUUGGCUGACGUGCAGCUUAACUGGGAGACCUAUAGGAAGAUCAUUCCGUGUGGCUAACUUCCUGGUGGAAGUAUUCUUGAGGGUUCUAUAGUUGUUUAGAACGCGAAUAUAUGCCCGCUGGUGGUGUUCAGUCGAAUGAAUAACACCAAGGUCCACGUAGAUCUUCCAAGAUAGUCACACCAAGUGGUUGCUUUCGGGCACGUGACCUCCACUGCUUACUAAAGCUACUCACCGGAAUCUUGAUAUCAAGUUGGCUAUUCCUGCUCCCUACCACUCCUUAGAAGUGUUAAUUUGAACAUGUGCUGGUCCUUAUCUCAUUGAGAUGGCGGCACUAAAUGGAAUGUAGCAGCACUUUGGUCAUUUUUCUAGCCUCCCAGACAAACUGAGUUUGCACGAGAGAGUGAAUUUGUUGAGCACAGUGACCAACCUGUAGUGGUCUACUUGCGCUAUUCGCCAAAACCUUACAGAAGGGUUACAUUCGCUGUUCAUAUGAUUGUCACAGAUGUCGUUUUGGAAAUCAUUACCGGUUCUUUUUGGUUGACUUUUAGAUGGACGGUGAAUACCCACGAAAGUUUGCUGAACGUAAUCCACGUGAUCGCAGUAAAGGAUACGGUGCACGGGAAAAUGGGGGCUAUUAUUCUAGCCCAUACUAACUCAAAUCUAUGUUGUACAUAUUGCAUUCUAAUGCCUAAUUUGUACAUUUUAUUUCGUUACGUCUUCUUCUAGUUAAAAGUCAUUGCUUUUCUGUAGACAUGACGAUGUAUGCAUUUAUGUGUAUCAAAAUAAACGCCUGCAAUUUUAGCUGUACAGCUUGGAAGUUGGCCGUCAUCAGGUUCCUACGCUUCCUGCGUUCGUGGUUUCAUAAGGUGAAACAGUAGUUCGAAGAGCAUACUGCAUAAGUAGCUUUGAGUUGGGACCUGCUUGUGAACGCUUGCUUUAACUUAAUUAAUUUAUCGAUUACAUUAGAUGAACAGCGCUUAAUUAAAAUCCUAGAGUCUUUCACUGUGUACGACAAAGUCCGAUGACGGCAGUUUGACAUGUUCGGUCUUGUAUAGCUGGAUGACGCAGGUAGUCAUUAUGGUGUGUUCAUCGAGGUUCUUCCUUAUGAAAUGGUGUUAGGUGAAGUCUGAAUUCUACUGUAAAACGGGUAAAAUGUCGCUUCACUGCUGCGCUACGCCGCUGCAGCCUUAUCUUUGGGAAGUGGUACCUAAAUGAAGUCUACUUAGAACACUGAAACCUUGUUUCAUACAGUGGGCAGCAGGGAAGUGUCAUCCGUCCGUACGCUCCCCAAGCAAUGGACAGAAUCAAACACUUAACGUUUUUCAGUUCUGCCGUCACUAUUAGUAGGCUUCUUGAUCUUUCCCCAACCGCAUACGGCGACCAUUGUCAAUGAUUAAAGCUGUCUAAAUAUCAUUCAGUUUUAUAAAAUCUUGCCGUUGGUUUCGUUUUGGAGCCUUCAACAUCCGAACUAUAUGCCAAACCAGACUGCAAUCGCUUCUCGUCAGAGCUCUGAGAUUUUGUUGAUGGACGCAUACUGUUUUAAGACACAUUUAAAGGACCUAAGUGUAUAUUUUGAGUUGGCCGUCAACAGAAGGCAAAAAGUUAGGAAUGUAAUAAUGGCGGGUGACUUUGACGGCCAGUUAGGUAAGUUGGACCAGUCUAGAAGAGAUUUGAAAAAUCUCAGGAACGGUGAUCGUCACAAGGAAUUUCCCCGCUGAUAUUCUCUUGUUUACAGUCUGCACUAACCUUGAGCAUAAGGAGAAAUACUACCUUACAUGGCGUUAAAUGACAUCAAGCCAAUGACGGACUCAGACAGACCUCUCAGCCGUUGGAGAGUAUUGCAGCUUUUUCUGGAAUGUCGUUCUGGACUCCAGGGGCUCCUGUUUGUUUUUGCCUUACUAGUUGGAGUUAAUAGGCGACAGUAGAAACUGUCUACUGUAGAUUGGUAGGCGAGGUCGUCAAGUACGUAUUUGGAGUAGAUCUAGCCGAGUAUUUUCCGGAACAUGAAUGUAAUGCUCAAACGGGGAAAAUAUGGCAGGAGAAUAAGUCUCGUAGAAACAGGUGAGGUCAGUUGAAAAACUACAUCCGAAGUUUAGCAAAAGUCAUUGAGCUUCUGCGACGUCAUUUGAACUAAUUAAUGCAAGAAGAUCGAUCCCAGGUGGCUCCGAUCACAAUGACGAGUAAACAAAUGUGUAAGGGUCGUUUGACCAGUAUUGUAUCCGAUAUCCUUGGCUCCAUGGUUAUCUGACGCCUAACUGGGCUUGAGGACAGCACACGAGAAAACCGGGCAGGUUUCGGACCUGCACGGAAGUGCGUCGACCGUAUCUCCAUCCUCCGGGAACACAGGUAUACCUGCAGGCAAGUUGCAGACACUUGCCAUAUUUCCUGAGGUGAGGGCGACAUUUGAACCUGUCUACCGUGGGUUACUGUGACAGCAUCCGGUUGUGAAGGAAGUGCUAAUCAAAGCUCUCAACUCGAUGUUAUGCAGCUAUGUAAGGGCUUAUAUAGAGUUGUCGUGUGAAUUGACGAUAACUAGCUGUGUCCACCAGAGAUGCCCACUGUCACCGUUCCUAGUAUACUGUGCUGUUGUUCAGCUGAGACAUGGCCGUUAAAAAUAGAGGACAAGAAGCGAUUACAGGGUUUUGAUCGCAGGUGUCUUUGCUGCUUUGCACGCGUUUCGUGGAAUCACGGUGUGAGCAAUAUUGAGGUCGGACGAAGAGUACUAGGGGAGACAGGCGAAUCGAUUGAUAAAGUUGUGAACCCUCGUCAAGUGAGAUCGCUCGGAGAGAGUUCAGGAUGGCUAGUCCAAGACGUGGCACCAGUCGGUGGAACCGCUGACCGUUAGAUUCAGUCAUAUUGGAUGUGGAUUAUCUGCGUUCGGUCCCCGAGACGAUAGGACUGAGUGGUUGAGGAAUGUUGGUGGCAGCUGGAAAUCGGUCGCAGUGAAGAUGUAUUCACAUCUAAAGCUUGAAUAUUCGCACUAGCCGUUAUUCCCUCACACAACUCUGAUAUCGCUUCUAUUCUACCCAUCCGUCUUUAUAUACUACUGUAAGAUGUGGGAACUUUAACCGAUGCACUUGUAUGUAAUGUCUCACGUUGAUAGCGGCUAUUUGUCUAUGUGUAUUAGGCCCGCAAUGCCUGAGUGAGUACGUUUGUAUUACUCCACCGAGUCUGCAGUGCGGUAAAUACGAGUUUCUAAACGUUGAGAUUUGUCCUUCGUAGAAUUAGCUGGGUAACCCACAGGUCGUGCAUACAUUAUCCUCCAUAUUCAAAUCCACCUUUGAGGCAGAAACUUGUUAUUUGUACACACUUUUCUAGAUUGGGACAGAUAACUUAUGUGUGACAGCUAUUAUUUGACCUGGAUGACAAUUCUAUUCGUAGUUAACAUUCUUCUAGUGUCCCUAAGCCAAGACUGAACGACAGCUGCUUUGCGGCUUCCAUGCCAAUGACUCCCUGGUUGCUGGACCAGGACUUGCGGCAAACAACUCUCGCCAGCGUCGAAUGUCCUAUAAGAAUGACAUCGUACAUGUAUGAACAAAUCAUUUCUUUGGCUAGUUGAAGCUGUUGUGGUCUGUUCGUACCUACACCAUCGUCCGUUGGUGCUUAUUGCUUUCCCAAACAGGGUGGAG